UUCGCUUGUAAAACGACCGUACGAGUUUAGUGGAUGUACAAUUCAUAAGAUUUUUUCAGUGUUAACGUUAAAAACAGCAGUUUAUUUGCUGUUUGAAGUCGUUUGAAGCACACUGGUUUUCUAUUUUGUUUUCAAAGAUAUAUAAAAGGUUUCAUUAUGGCGACUAUGCCCUUGAACCCCAAGCCAUUUUUAAAUGGUCUGACAGGAAAGCCAGUCAUGGUGAAGUUGAAAUGGGGAAUGGAAUAUAAAGGAUAUCUUGUGUCAGUUGAUGGAUACAUGAACUUGCAGUUAGCAAACACUGAAGAAUUUAUUGAUGGUGCUUUGACUGGGAAUUUGGGAGAAGUUUUAAUCAGAUGCAACAAUGUACUUUAUGUAAGAGGUAUUGAAGAAGAGGAGGAAGAUGGAGAAAUGAAAGAUUGAACUUCAAGGCAUUAUUAACUUAUUUUAUUACUUAUGCAUUCAGAAAAACUUGAUUAGAGAAAUCAUGAAUGUAAUAUAUUGCUGCUAUGUAGAUUGGAAUGAGCCAGAUAUCACAUAGGUACAGUAGGUUCUUCAAAAUUUGAUAGUAACUACUGGAGGACAGGCAGGUGUUACGUGGUUUGAUUACUACCUGCUUUCUGUGAAACAGUUUUAUACUUUUCUAAUGAUUUCACUGCACUCACAACAUUAAUGGCAAGGUAAUAGCUCAGUAACACAAGAACAGGCAAAUUAUUAUUUACAGUUGUUUUCACAAACAUUUCACAAAGUUCCACCUUUAUUUUAAUUUGUUAAAAAUUGUAAUUGCCAAACACCAGAUUGUGCUGACAUUCAAAAUUGUUAGCAACCAAUCAGUAAACAUUUGAGGAUUUUGUGAAAUGAAUUGCAACACCUGAUUCAGAUACCUAUUCUGUUUUUCAGAGGUUGUCAGUUCACUUUUUACAAUUCUUAGUGCCAUUUCGCUUUGAUCUCCUGUAUUUGUUAAAUGAAUAGUCAAAUAUAAUAUCAUUUUUAAUAUCCAUAUUGGAAAUGUCAGUGUAAAACAACAGUUGCAUAUAGGGUACUUGUGUGUUGAAAACCUUGCAAACUUACAUAAUGUUAUCUGAAAU